AUGCGAAGGUGGGUUGCGCCACGCGAGGGUAUCUUCAAAUUGAAUUUUGAUGGCUCUGUUCGGAAGGCCUAUGCCAGUGCUGGGGUUGGCAUUAUUAUUCGGGACUGUCAUGGGGAAGUCAUUGCGUCUAUGGUUGAGCGGCUACAGUAUAUGGAGGACGUUGAUUGUGUGGAAGCUAUGGGAGCGAUAAAAGCCCUUCAAUUGGCUUGUGAUUUGGGCUUGGGCCAUAUUCAUCUGGAAGGUGACUCUCAAAAUGUGGUGGCUGCAAUUCAAGGUAAGGCGGAUAACCUCUCUUGCUAUGGUCAUUUUGUGGGGGUGGCUCAAGCGCUCCUUUUGCGGUUUCUUUCUUCAUCGGUUUCGCAUGUUUGUCGGGAUGGCAAUUCGGUGGCUCAUUGUUUAAGUAGGUUAGCCUUUGAUUUUGAGACGCCACGUAUUUGGAUGGAUAACCAUUUAUAA